UAAUGCUAAGAGCUAAUGCUAAAAGGGCUUUAACUGCGAUGUUUUUAAAAGUGUAUCACAUUUUACAGUUUUAUUAAAACUGUGUGUUUGGUUCAGAGUGAGAAUGAUCAGAGGACGUGAUUUAAAACAUCUUUAAAGGGACAAAAUGCCCUGAUGUUUUUCAUUUUUUCAGAACCUCUGUCAGAUUUAGUUUAAUUUUCUCAUCUUCUCGUCGUCAUGAGUUUUUUUCUGAUUUAAUAUCGCAUCACACUGAUGAGAACAGAGCAGACUCUUCUUCUGAGGGAUUCGGCGUAAUUAAGUCGGAGCUGUACGAGAUGAGCUGGAGCCUGAAGGACGGACUCAGGGACGCGCUGGUGGCGGCGGCUCCGUACGGCGGACCGAUCGCUGUUCUGAAGGAGCCACAGAGACGUUCCCCCAGUUCUCGUCCUCACCUGGACAUCUACACGGCCUCAGGGCAGACGCUGGCCUCGUUCACGUGGAAGAGCGGUGUGGUGCUGCAGUUGGGCUGGACCGUCUCAGAUGAGCUGCUCUGUGUUCAGGAGGACGGGACAGUUCUGAUCUACGACCUGUUCGGCUCCUUCAAGAGGCACUUUAGCAUGGGACAAGAGAUCAGCCAUGACCCGGUGAUCCAGGCCAGAGUUUUCCACUCUCCAUUUGGCACCGGCGUCGCCAUAGUAACCGCCUCCGCACGCUUCACCCUCGCCACCAACAUCGAUGACCUGAAGCUGCGCCGCCUCCCGGAGGUGCCAGGUCUGCAGGGGGCGCCGUCCUCCUGGACCGUCCUCACUCAGGAGCGUCAGACCAAAGUCCUUCUCUCCAUCGGCCCCGAGCUCUACGUCCUGGACCACACUUCCUGCACCGCCGUGUACCCUCCAGGCCUCAGUCCGGACUCGGGGUCGAUCCUUCAGAUGUGCGUCUCCUUCAGUUACAAAUAUCUGGCCCUGUUCACUGAGACUGGACUAGUCUGGACCGGGACCUCCAGCCUCCAGGAGAAGUUCGGUGAAGUCGACACAAAAAUGCGCUCGGCUCCAAAACAGAUGGUCUGGUGCCGUCGUCCGCGAGCGCAGCAGCCCUCUGUGGUCCUGAUGUGGGAGCGGCUCCUCCUGGUGGCAGGACAGUGCAACGACACCAUCCAAUUUCCUCUGGACCAAGUCUCGAUCUUGGUCCCAGAGCUGGACGGGGUCCGGGUCUUGGGAGGGUUCCAUCAGGAGCUGCUCCAGGAGGUUCCUCUGGUCUCUCAGGAGAUCUUCAAGAUCGCCUCCAUGAGUCCAGGAGCUUUACUAUUGGAGGCCCACAGAGAGUACGAGAAGCAGAGUCAGAGGGCGGACGAGUACCUGCGGGAGAUUAAAGAGCAGAGUGUUCUGUCUGAGGCCGUGGCUCAGUGUGUGGAGGCGGCUGCUCACGAGUGGGACUGCACCACCCAGAAGGCCCUGCUGCGGGCGGCGUCCUUUGGGAAGUGCUUCCUGUCUGACUUGAGUCCCGAGUCGUUUGUGACGAUCUGCAGAGAACUUCGAGUCCUGAACGCAGUACGAGAAAGUACUGUAGGACUCCCCCUGACCCACACGCAGUUCAAACAGAUGACAUUGCAGGUGCUGAUCGACAGGUUGGUUCACAGGAGACUUUAUCCUUUGGCGAUGGAGAUUUGUCGAUAUUUGAAGAUUCCAGAGUUUCAGGGAGUGAGCCGCGUCCUGCGCCACUGGGCGUCCUGUAAGGUGCAGCAGGUCGACCUCGCAGAUGAAGCUGUAGCUCGAGUUGUUUGUUCCAAAGUCGGAGAAACACCUGGAGUCUCGUAUUCUCACAUCGCAGCGAAAGCCUACGAGAGCGGAAGAACCGAGCUCGCCAUAAAGCUGCUGGAGUUUGAGGCUCGCUCUGGGGAGCAGGUUCCUUUGUUAUUGAAGAUGAAGAGGAGUCACCUGGCGCUGAGUAAAGCUGUGGAGAGCGGAGACACAGACCUGGUUUUCACGGUGGUGACGUUUCUGAAAAACGAGAUGAACAGAGGAGACUUCUUCAUGACCCUGAGGAACCAGCCUCUGGCCCUGAGCCUCUACAGACAGUUCUGCAGGGUCCAGGAGAGUCAGACUCUCAAAGAUCUUCUGAACCAGGAUGAUGACCACGAAGGACUUGGGAACUUCUACGUCGCCUCAGCCUUUAAAGAGCAGAGGCUGGAGGGACGUAUAGCUGCACUGCAAAACGCUGUGGACGAGUUUAACAAGGCCAAAAACGACUUCAACGCCAAGGCAACGGAGGAGGAGAUGAAGCUGCUUCGUUUUCAGAAGAAACUAGACGAGGAGAAAGGGGCGGGGCUCCAGGGCCAGUCGUUGCAGGACACCAUGGAGACGCUGUUGAACCUGGGUCUCCACAAACAGGCGGAGCAACUCUACAGAGACUUCAGAGUCCCAGACAAAAGGUUCUGGUGGUUGAAACUCCGGGCUCUGGCAGAGAAACAGGACUGGGACGAAUUGGACAAAUUCUCCAGGAGCAAGAAGUCCCCCAUCGGAUAUUUGCCGUUUGUUGAAGUUUGUGUGAAAAAUCACAAUCAGCACGAAGCCAAAAAAUACCUCCUGAGAGUUUCUCCAGACCAGAGAGUCCAGGCCUGUUUCCUGCUCGGGGACUUGGAGGGGGCGGCGGAUGCGGCAAUCGAGCGGAGAAAUGAGGCGGAGUUGGGGGCGGUGCUGAGCCGAUGCCCCGCCUCCAAUCGCCAACUGAUGGAACGAAUCCAGCGAGCUAUGGCCAAGAAGUGACCUGCACCUGUCUGCACCUGUCUGCACCUGUCUGCUCCUGUCUGCACCUGUCUGCUCCUGCCUGCUCCUGCCCAACCCAAAAGUGUGACCUGGUUCAUGGUCCUGCAUCACACAAACCGACACUGAACUUCAACUUCUGUUGUUCUGAUGUUCUGAUGUUCUGUUCUUCUGUUCCGUUGUUCCUGGUCACACUCAGAGCUGGAGUUGUGUUUGUUUUUGUGACUCUCCAAAACUCCAAACGCUCUGUUCCACCUUAUGAUGUCAUGAAGUUCUCAGCUUCUUUUCCCUUUAGUUCAGUCGAGAUCAUAACUCCAGGACUGAAAUGAUCCAGGUGAUUCUAGUGAAGGUGUGUGGAGCACUUCCUGUAUCACCACAUGAUGACAUCACAAGGUGGAACAGUGUUUUCAGUUUGAGGGUUUGUGUGUUAAACAAAACAUAACUGCAGGUGUGUGCGAGACGAACAGAGCAGAGGAUCAUGGGACAUGGAGUCUCAGUAUAAACUACAUUAGAACAGAGGAUCAUGGGACAUGGAGUCUCAGUAUAAACUACAUUAGAACAGUUGGACCUUUAAUGUUUCAUCCACAUGAAACAAAAAUGUGUCAAAGUUCAAAUCUGUCAGAAUAAAUAAACUAAAGGUGAAUUAUGUCUGUAAAUAUGAACCUUUUCAAUUAAAUAAACCUUUUUGUUUGUCGUA